AUGGCUGAAGAACCGCCUGCUUCGCCUGCAGGGUCUCCACCAGAGCAACCACAACAACUUGAGCAGGAGUCCUUACUCUCACUACAAACGACGAAGGCAGAGCUCAUUCAGCAAAGAGACGCGUUACUAGCUAAAAAGAACGACCUUCAUUCGGCAAUCGAACGACUACAGUCCUCAUGGGAUAGCUACCAGGCGCAAAGCAAGCAAUAUGAUACAAAGAAGAAGUUGGAGUAUUACCUACGUCAGAACGACCAGGAGUACGAGAAACGCUUGGCGGGGGAGGAUGAGGUAGCUUCCUUUGUGCUUGAAAACAUGCACGUGUUGCCCUCUUCCAACUGGGGCAGAAGAAUGGACGUUGUGGGCAUUUUGUACCCACACAUGCGAAUCCACAAUGCUCUGCUGAAGAACGUUCAUGAUACAGACAACAAACUCGUCACCCAGAUCACAUUCACGCUUCUGGCUAAGGGAUUACCGUCUUUAAAUGUGGAAUUGACCGUUUGGGACGAGAAAGUAAUCAAGCUAGACAUUUUGCAGUCGAAGAAAGCGACUAUUGUGCUUCACAAGACUAGUCCAACCUUUGCCAACAUCUUAACGGAGAUCAUCUAUGCAAGCAAAACGGGUAUCCAUAUUUCUGAGCCUCCUUCGACAGUUCUCUGGAAAUCGCAUAAGGCCUGGCGCCAUGUGGGAAAACGAUCCAUUCGACUCCUUGAGAGCUAUUCCAUAUAUUGA